UACAUUUCUUUUUCUUCUUCUGCUGCCCCAAAGUAAACCAUCCAGCGGAAGGAGGGCACACAUUUCCAUUCCAGUCAAAAUAAAUUGGGAAACUAAUCUAAAUUUUUAGGAAAUUUAAUCCAUCCCAAUUUAAAUAAGUGGUACAUUUCCAUUCUCAUCCGUUAAGUUUCUCGUCUAGAACGGAUCGUCACUUCCUCUCCAAUAAUUUGUCACUCUCACCUGACUUCCGGUGCUGGUGGUGGUGGUGACUUCAUCCGUGCAAAUAUUUCAUUUUGAAGGUGACAAAACUAGCAAAUUUUCGCCCAGUUACCAUUAAAUCAAACUAACUAGAUCUUUAAGUCAAGUCAAGUAAACCUUUAUUCAACAAAUUCUGUGUCCUCUCCCUGGUGCUAAACACGAUGAAAAUUAACGACAAGAAUUUGGCCGCAUUCGCCUCCUCGUCCUCCCAAGUGGAUCGGGAAGGUUACUUAAUGAAGAAGGGGGAGUCGUCCUCGUCGUCGUCUUCCUCAUCGAAAAGUUUCUCCAAACGUUGGUUCGUCCUCAAAGGGAACCUUCUCUUCUACUUUGACAAGAAAUCGGAUCGUGACCCGGUCGGCGUUAUCAUCCUCGAAGGCAGCACCAUCGAACUGGCGGAGAGUGAGGGCGAGCAACAUUUCUGCUUCAAAGUGACCUUCCCCACAAAGUCAUACGUUCUCAGUGCCGAUUCUCAGGCGUCGAUGGAACUCUGGAUGAAAUCCCUCGCCUGCGCCAGCUAUGAUUAUGUUAAACUCAUGGCGGACGAGUUGCAGAGACAGUUGGACGAAUUGUGCAAAAGUGACACCAAUUCCACCAUGAGCGGAGACGCGAACAGGAACACGGCUCCAACUCCCACACCACCACCAAGAAUUAAAUCUUCAAUCAAGGGCGCUCAGCAACCCCGACCACGGAAAACGUUCGCAGCCCUGCACUCCGAAUUUGGGUCGAAAAUCGUUCAAGAUUCAAAGUCCAGAUGGGACGAAAAUGUCACUACGACGACGACGAAAGCUAUACCAAACGUCAACAUUCCUCUCUCUUCUCCUCCAGGUCAUCAGCAUCAGGACUUGAUGAAUUUCUAAAAUCCUUCAUAUUUUCACUUUUACAAACAACAGCAAAACUUUCUUGCGGCAUUACGACACAUAUAAAUUAUUGUACUAAUGAUUAAUUAACCUGCUCACGACUAGAGUUAACUGAGUCACUUGUAAGUCACUUUUUCCUACAAAUUUAUUCACUAUUAAUCUCACAUGCAUAACUAACUACAAACAUAUAUAUGUAUUCCUGUUACUUAUUACACCACAAAGCAGCAUAAUAAAUUACAAUCAGUAUUAUUACGUAUCACAGA